UUAGCACCGAUACUGCUGCUCAAAACAAGUUCAAGGAUGAUAUCUUUGAAGCCGUUCUUGCAACAGGAUUUCUGUGCAACUGCAAUCAAACGGGAAGAGCUCCUCUGAUGCUGGAUCUUCAAAUGAACUAUUGCAGGAAAAUUUCCUUUUACGAACGUCUAUCAACUUUCCUUUACUUUUAUCAUCCUCCUAGCAAAAUGGCCGCCGCAAUUCCUGUUUUUACGAUCUAUGAUGCCAUGAUUUUAUGUCAAAUCCCUGACACAGGGAAUUUCCAAGGACAAACUGACGCUCAACGUAUGGCAGAAGAGCUCUUUGACAACGAUUUUAGCACUGCCAUGACCAAGUCAAUCAAGCAAGUCAACAUGGACCUUGCAACGCUCGCAUCCUUGACCGCUAUGCAAGGAAGAAUUGUGUCAAGACCAAGGGCUCAAGAUCGAAUCAGAGCAUUUGUGCAGUGGGUUCGCGAUGAAAUUCGGAUGGGCAGGAACCCUGCACAACACCCUUUCCCAGCUGGAGAUACAUCUACUCUGCUGCAGCGAUUGAGCUUCCAUCAAAAGUAUGUCAAAGAUUCUAAAACUUUAAUUGACAAUACGGUUCCACCCAAGUGGAGCAAAGAACAACAAUGGAAGCAAUGGGUCAAGCUGCUCCGUGACCACCUCCGCGCAUAUAUCGGUGUCAAUGGUAUCCCUCUUGUUUAUGUGGUCCGCGAGAAUGCAGCUCAAGACCCAACACCACAAGACGAUUUUCUUGACGAAUACAUCAAUAUGGCCCUACUUGUUGGAACCGCCUUUAUUGUGGAUAACAAACAAGUGUUGGCUCUACUGAACAAAUUUAUCAUGGGUUGUUCUGAAGCUGAAAUGGUAAUACAAGCGCUCAAUACUACUACUGAUGGUAGAGCUGCUUUCUUCGCAUUGAAGGCAUUUUAUGAAGGUGAAGGCAUUUUCGCUCAUGAUGUCAUGGCAGCGGAAAACAUCAUUGCAACACUUUUCUAUGCAGGAGAAAAACGCCCAGCUAUGUACUGGCAGAAAUUUGAACAAAUAUUAAAUAAUGCCUAUGCAACCAUGCAUCACGAAUAUGGACGUGUAAUGUAUACUGACGUUAUGAAGUUACGAUCCCUCCAACAAAGAAUCAAAGCUGACUUCCUGUCACAGACAAAAGCGGCAAUUGAAGCUAACAUGCAUGCUAUUCCUAUGACUAUGACAUAUGAUCAGGCCAUGCGAAUGUACCGUUCCAAGGUAGCAGAAAAAUUCCCUCCAGCUUCCGUAGCUGCCGUUGCUCGGGGGCGACACGUCAGAGAGAACAAUCGAAACACACGUGGGGGAGGACGUGGCGGCGGACGUGGACGGGGUGGUCGCAACCAACGCAACAAUUCCGGUGAUAACCGCCGUUACAAUGGCAAUCGUCAACAACAUCCGGACGAACGCAAUAUCACUUUGAGUGAUGGGAAAGUCAUCAAGUACCAUCCGAGUUACAACUUUUCUUGUGAACACUUGGACCUGAUGACACAAAACCAGCGCAACACAAUGACGGCCGAAAGGACAGCUUAUCGCAAUCGACACAAAAAUAACCUAGACAAUGCUAGUACCAACGAAAAUACAAGAAAUAUAGCCGCACUGACUUCUCUGAUUGGAGAUUUGACUGACCGUUUGACUGUCCCAACGGAAAUCACACAAGCUACUGCUGCUACUCAAAUCUCCCAAGUCAUCACUGGCACCAACGGGCGCUCCAUUAUUGGAGGACGUCUACAACAAGCCCAACAGCGACAAAAUGGAGGAAAUGGAACAACGCAAAGACUUGGUGUCCAAGAACCUGUGGCUGGCACUUACGCCAACAAUGAAAUGGACACAAACGCUGACACUUGUUGCUUGGGUAGCAAUUUCAUUAUUACUGCUUACACACAACGCUCGGCCGAUGUAUACGCCUAUGAUUCCAGUCUACCGCCAACUCAUGUUCCAAUUGUUUCAGGGGCGACAGCAUAUGAUUGUCCAGAAACUGGUUCUACUUUUAUUUUGAUCAUAAACGAAGCGCUCUACUAUGGAAACAAGUUGGACCACUCCUUAUUCAACCCAAAUCAGAUUCGAAGUUACGGUACUCCCCUUUGGGACAACCCAUAUGAUGAUAUGCAUGAAAUUGGGAUUGAGGCUACGGACUUGUUCAUACCACUACUAUCAAGGGGCACCAAGCUACUCUUUGGCACAGGUGCUCCCACUAAGCAGGAACUUGAAACGUGUCACCAUAUUGAGCUCACAAGUAAAGUGCCAUGGGAGCGGUCCACUGUGCAACUUGGGAAACUCUCAACGCAACGAAAUACUCCUUUUGAAGAUCCACGAUCAAAUGAAUCUGAAAUGCGCAGUUUAGAUCCUGUGCAACACAACUUGCAACAAUGGCGUGUUGUACAACAAAUCAAUGCAACUGCUGAUAGGUUUCAAGAUGUUCCAGUCCCAUCAUUUGUAUCAACUGAACGCCACUCUAAGGUCACCGCGGAGAAUCUUUCUGAACGCUUGGGAAUCAGCAUUGGUAGAGCAAGAGCUACAUUGAACGCAACCCUGCAACGUGGAACCAGAUCCGCUAUUAUGCCACUUGCAAGGAGAUAUCGAGCCGAUCGGAUGUUUGAGCGUCCACGAUUGAAGGGAAAAUUUUCUACUGAUACUGCCUACUUCAAACGAACUUCCCUUCGAGGUAACAUUGCCAGCCAGGUAUACUUUCACAAAUGUGGGUUUUACAGUUGUCACCACUUGCAGAAAGUCAAUGAUGCACAAGUUGGACCAACCUUGAACAAGUUUAUUUCCAAAUAUGGUAUACCGGAGCACCUCACGAUGGAUGGUGCACCUGUCCAGAUUGGACGGAAGACUACAUUUAUGGAUACAAUUCGUCGAUGCAAUAUCGACCAUCACAUUUCCAAACCUUACACUCCAAAAGAAAACCCGGCGGAAGGUGGAAUUCGAGAGUUAAAACGGAGGUAUUAUCGAUUAAUCAUCAAACACGGUAUCCCUGAACGCCUUUGGGACUUUGUCUUGGACUACGUGGUUGACACAAUGAAUGUUACUGUCAAUUAUUCAAAGUACUCUGAUGGUCGGGUACCUUUAGAAAUUAUAACUGGAAUCACGCCAGAAAUCACUGAAUAUCUGGAUUUCACGAUAUAUGGUUGGGUGUUCUUUCGCAGCGAUGGCGGCUUGGGAGUCAAUCACAUCGGCCGAUGGCUUGGAGUUUCACACCGUGUGGGACCCAUGAUGACAUAUUGGGUUCUCCCAAAGAGCGGUAUCCCCAUUUCUGUGGAUACUGUCCAAAUGGUAACCAACGCGGAACAGCAGACUGAUUCCGUCAAACAGCAGAUGCAACGUUGGACAGCUGAUGUCUCUAAGAUAGUUGACGCUAAAUCUACUUACAUCAACUGGGGGAAGGAAGACAUUCCUCAUCAAAUGAUGUUCGAUUUUGACGACGAGGAUGACGAAUUUAUGCGCAAUUUUGGUAUGCUCAUCAACCCAGAGACGCUGGAAGAUGGCGACUUUGAGGGGACUGAAGAAGCUGCAGAUGACCUUGAUGCCCAAGAUUACACCAAUAUGGAGAUUGGUUUACGACGAGGCGCAGAAGGCGAACUCCAAAGGGCCAAGGUGAAACGACGGAUAGUGGAUGAAAAUGGAAGACCAAUUGGCGUCGCUAGCUCCAACCAAUUGCUCGACACAAGACAGUAUGAAGUAGAGUAUGCAGAUGGCGGUACUGAAAUAUUCGCAGCCAAUAUACUUGCUGAGAAUUUACUUGCACAGGUUGACGAACACGGACAUAAGCACCGACUGAUGGAAGAGAUUUUGGACCACCGUAAAACCGCUAAGGCAAUCACAAAAAGUGCAGGAUCGAUGCUCCUCCCUAGUGGAAGGACUCGAAAGCGCCAAACAACUGCUGGUUGGGAACUUUAUGUGAUCUGGAAGGAUGGGUCAUCCAAUUGGGUAACCCUAAAAGAUAUGAAAGCAUCCUUUCCCCUUGAGGUUGCAGAUUAUGCCAAGUUAAAGGCUAUUGAAGAUGAACCAGCAUUCGCUUGGUGGGUUCCACAUGUACACAAAAAGCGAGAUCGUUUUAUAAGUAAGGUAAAAUCAAAAUAUUGGGAACGGACCCACAAAUACGGUAUCCGCAUCCCAAAAUCUGUCAAGGAGGCUAUUCAAAUUGAUCGAGAAAAUGGGGACACUUUGUGGCAAGAUGCCAUCAAAAUGGAAAUGAAGAACAAUCGAGUUGCCUUUGAGGAAUUUGGCGGGGACAUCAAAAAGCUAAUUGGAUACAAACACAUCACUGGUCACAUGGUAUUUGAUGUCAAACUUGGUGAAAACUUCCGACGAAAAGCUCGAUAUUGCGCUGAUGGACACAAAACGGAAGCGCCAGCAGCACUGACAUACAGCACUGUGGUAGCCCGAGAUUCUGUACGCAUUUUACUCACCAUUGCAGCAUUGAAUGGUUUGGAUGUCCAGUGUGCUGACAUUCAAAAUGCUUUCCUCACCGCACCCAAUCUUGAAAAGUGUUACAUGAUUGCGGGCCCUGAAUUUGGGGACGAGGAAGGUAAAACAUUCAUUGUUAGGCGAGCAUUAUAUGGUUUGAAAUCUGCUGCAUUAGCAUUCAGGUCCCACCUUGCAGAGACAUUGGAGAACUUGGGAUUUUACUCAUCAUAUGCCAAUCCCGAUGUUUGGAUGCAAGCAGCUAUCAAACCAGACGGGGAAGAAUACUACGAAUAUAUUUUGUGUUAUGUGGAUGACAUCUUGUGCAUGUCUGAAAACGCUAAAGAUGUUAUGGAGCAGAUAAGCUACAAAUUCAAAUUCAAG